AUGGCCGCGGCGCUCUCGCCCUCGACGGGCGGCGCCGCCCCGCACGGCUUCGCCGCGCGGGUUCGCCUCAACGUGGACCCCGUCCUCCUGCGCGAGUCUAAGCGCAGGCCCGAGAUCGCGUACUCGUGGUUUCCCCUCCCCGCCGCCGCCGCCCCGACGUUCGGGGCGUCGUCGAGAUGCACCGUCGACGCGCUGGCGAGGUCGAUACACGCGUCGCUCGGCCUGCUUUGUCAAUCGCAUCGCGACCUGCUGCUGCGCGUCGACGGGUACGCGCUGGCGCACGAGCUGGACAUAGCGGUGGUCAGGGACGGCGACGUGGUGCACGUGAGCGCGCCCGACAGCCUGCACGGCGGCCCGUGGCCCGAGUCACCCGCGCCAGGCGUCGUCGGCGCGGCCACGCUUCCAACGAACUUUUUCGUGACGACGACGCCCGCGACGGCGCCGCCGGCGCUGGCGCCGCGUCGGGAGGCGAUGGAGACGGCGCCGGAGCGGGAGCGGGACGGCGAGGGGAAGGAUAGGAGCAGGAGCGCGAGGCGUAAGGCGCUCAAGCGCGCGCGCGCGCGUGCGGAGAAGUACGGGUCCGCGGGCGGCGGCGGUUCCGGGCGCGAGAUUCAGCCGCCGCCCGCCGCACCGCCGACGAAGCGCUCGAGGCUCGCGCGGGGCGACCACCACCCCGACCGACGCCGCGUCAUCCACCCCGCGCCCGCCGGCGCCGACUCGCUCGAUCCCAACGGCGACCUCGCCGCCAACGGCGGGUCACUCGCCACGUGGGACGAGCGCGGGUGGGUGCCGCGCCCCGACGACGCCGCCCUCGCCGCCGCGCAGGCUGCCGCGCAGAUGGCGGGCGCCUGCGCGAAAAACGCGACGAGGAAGAAGAUUGCCUUCGGCGGCGAGGCUAACGACCGCCCGUCCUCAUCGUCUUCAUCCUCGUCUUCAUCCGACGCGUCAUCAUCCUCGUCGUCGGACUCGGACUCGUCAUCCGGAGACGACGAAGACGAGGGCACCGGCGGUGGCGACACAACCGGCGGCGACGAAGACGCUCUUCGCGACGAGUGGCUCGCGCUGGCCGCAAACGACGAUCACGAGCUUGGCGCCGGCGAGGACUGCGACGGACGCGUCGAGCAGGGCGACGUGCUGGCGUACGCCCUGCACGGCCGAACGCUCGUGGGCGUCGUGGAAUCGACGCAGCCGGACUUUGGCGGCGACGGCGGCGGCGUUCGAGUCUCCGCUCGGCUGGCGCCGCACCCCGAGCGUCGCCGGCUGAAAGGAUUGGCCUUUGCCGCGAAACUCAUCGCGAGCUUCGGGGGCGAAGCUCAUCGCGACCGACCGCCGCCGCCUUUCGACGGCAUCGAGCCCAACGGUACCGUCACCGUCGGCGUCGACGACCUCGUCCGCACCGCGAAACUCGUCGGCGGUCCCCGGUUCAAGCGAGCCGCACAGCUGGCGAAUGAGAGCCAAAAGUCGGGGGACAAAGAAACGAAAGGAGACAAAGAAAGGAAGCGCACCCCCGCGAUCGAGGCGGAUCUGGAGGACGCGUCCGCCGAGGGAAGCGACCCGGACGAGGUCCGCGAAGAGACGCGGUGGCUGGACGCGGCGAGGCCCAAGGAGGACCCGCCGCCGAUGGAGCACAGGGGGUGGACGUGGGAAGAUCUCAUCAACGACCACGCGUACGAUCCGUACCAGACGCUCGGGUACGAUCCGACAAACGCAGCGCCCACGCACGAUAGGUCGGACAAGGCGAUCGAGAGGGACACGGACGACGUCCCGAGGAAGGUGCCGGCGCCGGGCGCGGCGCCCACGGGCGCGGCGCUUUCGCACAGGUGGAGGCAAUCGGGCGCCGCCGCCGCUGCUGCCGCGGCGGCGGCUGCGGCGGCGGCUGGUGGGGGUGGAGAGACGGCCGACUCAUCGGGCGGCGGCGCGCAAUCGGAACCCGAGAGAGCCCCGACGCCGGAUCCGCCGCCGGAGCCCCGCGUCGCGGCCGCGCCGCCGCCCAAGUCCCCGAAGGGGCCCGGCAAGGGCCCGAGGGGACGACCGAAGGGGUGCCCGGAGCAACGCGCUCUGGAGGUUGUGUUCAAGCGGAGCAUGGACGAGUGGCGAAAGUCGCUGCCGAGGGGGAAGCGGGACAAGCUCGACAAGGACCUGAAGGUCAAGCCGGGCGCCCCCGCCAAGGACUUUCACCUCAUCGGCAGCAUACACAAGAUCCACUGGGACGACGAUAAGAGCCAGAAGCGCGCGGAGGUCGUGGCGGAGCUCAACAAGCUCUGGCAAUCGUUCCAGAUUUACCAUCGAAAGGAGUAG